CAUUUCAUGCUUCCGCAGAAGCAGAGGGAGUAUAAACAUAUACUACGACCACAACUAAAUCCUGACAAAAAUCACACCCAGCAGAUACUAAAUUUAACACCCCACUUCACCCCCAUCUACGUAUAUACACACAAACUACAAUGUAUGUAUAUCUUCUCCACGCAACUACCUAGUACCAAAACUACCCACUUCCUUACCUUAAAUCACUUCGUCUUUCCCCUACAUCCUUAAUUACCUUCCUUAAUCAUACUUCCCCACUUAAUCUUGCAUUUAAUCCAACCAACUCACCCUUCAUUAAAUUCAAUGGAGGGGUAUAGUAUUAUAUAUAGAGUCUUGAAAUGAUAAUUAAGUUUUGAUUUUGUGCUAAUUGGUUGAGAAAUUCAGAAUUGUUUAGUUUGUUAGGGUUUUGAUCAUGGCGUCUUGGGACAAUUUAGGGGACAUUGCAAAUGUUGCUCAAUUGACAGGCUUAGAUGCUGUUGCUUUAAUUAGGUUGAUUGCCAAAGCAGCUAACACAGCUCGAAUGCACAAGAAGAAUUGCAAGCAAUUUGCUCUGCAUUUGAAAUUGAUUGGGAAUUUGCUGGAGCAGCUCAAGAUUUCUGAGCUGAAGAGAUACCCCGAAACCCGAGAACCCUUGGAAUUGCUUGAGGAUGCGUUGAGGAGAUCGUAUGUUUUGGUUAAGAGUUGUCAAGAUAGGAGCUUUUUAUACUUGCUUGCUAUGGGCUGGAAUAUUGUUUAUCAGUUUAGGAGAGCUCAGAGUGAGAUUGAUCAGUAUUUGAAGAUUAUUCCGCUUAUUACUCUUGUGGACAAUGCGCGCAUAAGGGAAAGAAUGGAAGUAAUCAACAUGGACCAACGUGAAUAUACAUUUGACGAGGAUGACAGAAAAAUUCAAGAUGUUAUUCUAAAACGAGAGCCAUCGAGACAUGACACUGUUGUUUUGAAGAAAACCCUUUCUUGUUCAUAUCCGAACCUGCCUUUUAAGGAAGCCAUCCAAAAAGAAAAUGAAAAGCUUCAACUAGAACUGCGGCGUUCUCAAGCGCAUUUAGAUCCAAGUCAAUGUGAAGUAAUUCAACAUCUGAUUAGUGUCACACAAGCUGUAGCAGUAAAUUCAUCACCAGAGAAGAGUUUGCCUGCAAAAACUACUAGCAAGUCAGAGUCAAAUUAUUCAGUGGUUAGUAGCGCCAAAGACCAAGAUGAUGUCUGCUAUACUAUGAAAGCUGAGACGAACUCAACUCCAAGAAACACUUCUUCGUUUUCAUCAGGGCAUGAUCUGCUGUCUACAAGAGAUCCACAGAAGAAUGAAGAGUGGCAUUCAGAUUUACUUGGCUGUUGUUCGAAACCUAGCCUGUGUUUUAAAACCUUUUUCUUUCCUUGCGGGACAUUUUCAAGGAUUGCUAGCGUGGCAAACGGCGAAUACAUGUCUCCUGCGGAAGCCUGCAAUCAAAUGAUGACUUAUUCCUUGGUACUUUCCUGCUGCUGUUAUACUUGUUGCAUAAGACGAAAGCUACGAAAGAUGCUAAACAUCAGGGGAGGCUUCUUUGAUGAUUUUCUCUCACAUUUAAUGUGUUGCUGCUGUGCUCUUGUUCAAGAAUGGCGAGAAGCAGAAAGUCGUGGAAUUCAUGGCCCUGAGAAGACUAAAACGAGGCCCCCGCCUUUUCAAUACAUGGAAUCAUAGAGAAGAUAUACAGAUUUGAGUAGCGCUAUAAAGCAUAGGUAGUAACAUAUAUAGAAUUUGAAAAAUCCAGUCUCCUCAUCAUAGUUGCUGUUGUUUGUCGGGAUAAUUUUAGCUGUCUUAUGUGUAACUUCCUUUCUAACUGAAUCCUAGCCUGGCUAUAAUUUCUUUUAGUUAAUCUUGUGGUGUAAAGUUGCCUCCAAUACUUCUAGAGGCUAAACGUUGUAUAAAACACAGAAAAAACAGAAACAUAUUACUAUUCUCA